CCCAGCGUUUAGUGUAUCGCUAGAGUUCGGCCCGUUCGGAGGUCUCCCCCCAUACAUCAUUUCCCCCACUUGGCUUGGUUCUACGAUAUACUUUGAGGCUGAAUGAAUUGCUAAUUCCUUUGUCUAGCGAUCGUUCAGCUGGAUAAGUUACACGAUAAGGCUUUGGUUGUAAGUUGAGCAGCAUGUCACGACCAGAUGAGGCGCCAAUUAUUGGCAGCGACGAUGACGAGCCACUGGAAACCGGAUUUGGGCCCCCGCCCUCGAAUCAGACCUUUUUCAGCCGACUGAAGCCACGAACUCUGCUGUUGGAGCCCGCCGUAUUUCUAGUUUUCUUCGGCAAAUUUCUAGCAGAUGCUGUGUACCAGAAUCAGAUACUCUACCAUACCUGCGUGACGAUCAUGAAAUUCAAUGCCACCGAGUGUGAGCCAUUUCUCGGCACGGAUCGUGCUUCCGACCAAGUUAAGAAGAUCGAGGGCCAAGUUCAGGAAUAUGCUUCCACCAUAACCAUGAUUAGUACUAUGCUGGAGAGUGCGGUUCCCGCCAUCGUAAGCCUGUUCCUGGGCCCCUGGUCCGAUAAAUUUGGCAGGAGACCCAUCCUACUGUCCACCUACACAGGUUACCUCGUAAGUGCAAUUAUAAUGAUAGUACUCACACAAAUAGCAAGGGCCACUAGCAUUAGUCCCUGGUGGUUCCUGCUCUCCUCCGUCCCAAUGGUCUUCAGUGGCGGCACCUGUGCCCUGAUCACCAUUCUCUACUGCCAUGUUUCCGAUGUGGCCACCGAGGAUAAGCGAGCCAUGAGAAUGGUGACCAUGGAGGCUUGCUUGGGCCUAGGAAUGCUAGCAGGCGGAGUAGCCAGUGGUUACAUCUAUUCCGCCAUUGGAGCAGCAACCCUUUAUAUUCUCGUGGCUUCCAUUAUCUUUGUGGCUCUGGUCUACGUCUAUUUUGUAAAGGAGAGUCUCAAGUCCGAAAAUAUUCAAACAGGGUCCCGCAUCAGAGAGUUUUUCCGUCUGGAUUUGGCAAAAGACCUCGUAAGGACUUGCAUCCGAAAGCGAGAGAACUAUGAUCGGGCUAUUAUUGGAAUGGUGAUCAUGUCUCUGGCCAUGUGUGUCUUUGCCAUGGAGGGCGAGGCCACAGUAAACUACAUGUUCAUGAGAAAACAAUUCGAUUAUACGGUUCAGGACUAUAGUAUUUUCAAUUCCGCCCGCGUUGUAAUCCAAAUAGUGGGCAGCAUCAUUGCCAUGAUCCUGCUGCGUCGUUUGUUCCGCCUUUCCAAUGUAUCCAUGACUCUCCUGGCCUUUGCCUGCUGUGUCCUCGAGGCCACGGUUCGGGCUACGGCCGUAUACCGAAGUGAGAUGUACUUGGCUCUAGUCGUGGGAAUGAUGCGGGGAGUCAUGUCGCCGAUGACCAAAGCCAUUUUAUCAAAUGUGACACCAAGCUCGGAGUUGGGUAAAGUUUUCUCUCUAACCACUUCAUUGCAAUCCAUAUCGCCCUUGGGGGCAGCUCCACUUUAUAUGGCCGUCUACAAGGCCACAGUGGAGGUGUAUCCUGGCGUCUUCAACUUCAUUAGCGUGGGACUCUACUCCAUGUGCUAUAUCAUGUCGGCAGCGGUCUUUGGAAUUCAAAAAUCAAUGGUUGGCACUGGUGUGUACCAGGUUUUAUAAACUUAAUCUUAAUCUUAAGUCAUAAAUAUUCCAUCACGAACAACUUUAAUGUGUAAUAUAUCGCUGGAUAACAAAAAUUGUAAAUCGGUUGUAAGUAUUAUUGUAAAUAUUUGUAAAUCAAUUAGGCUUAAAUGUGUAAAGAGUAGGUACGUCAAUCCCAAAGUCUAAAUUAGAUUGUAAUUAAUACUGCCUAACCAAAGACAAAUGUCUCAUGUAUUUACUUUUAUUGUAUAUAUGCGUAAAUGAGUAAAAAGUUGCUGAAAUCAAA